CUACGACUCACUCCCUCUUCCCUCCUCCCCAUUACUACAUUUCCUGGGAAAGGUCUCGUCUUUGGCAUUUUGCCCUUUACUUGGAUUCAAGGGAAUGCUGCUGCUUUGGCUUCUUACUGUUCCUUUGGUCUUUUUCGGAAAAUUGGAGCUUUUUUGAGCUUGAAGGGGUAUUUGCUCUCGGAGAAGAAGAUUGGGCCAAAAUCAGGUGAACGUUUGAUAGAUGGAGUCGAAGGAGAUCCGGUCGCCGGAGGAGAGCACUCCGGAGAGGUCGGUUUUGGAUUAUAUUCAGAGGAAGAAGCUGGGGAUCCACUUUGCGGAGAGCGAUGAGCGGCGGUUCCCCAAGGCGAUCGGCGGGGAGUACUACAUGGCCGGCGGGACGACGCCCGUGAACAUCAGGGGCAGGCCCAUCGAAGAUCUCUCCAAGACCGGCGGCUGGGUCGCCGCUUUCUUCAUCUUUGGUAAUGAGAUGGCAGAGAGGAUGGCGUACUUUGGGCUGUCGGUUAAUAUGGUUACAUUCAUGUUCUACAUGAUGCACCGACCGUUCGCGAGCUCGGCUAAUGCAGUGAACAACUUCCUGGGGAUAUCACAGGCCUCAUCUGUCCUCGGCGGUUUUCUGGCUGAUGCUUAUCUUGGUAGAUAUUGGACUAUCGCUAUAUUCACCACUAUUUAUCUUCUGGGUUUGACAGGACUAACAUUAUGCGCCACUAUGAGAGUCUUCAUACCAAACCAAUCUGACUGUGAUCAGUUAUCUAUACUCGUGGGCGCGUGUGAGCCUGCAAAGCCGUGGCAGAUGCUAUAUCUAUAUGUAGUUCUUUACAUCACAGCUUUUGGAGCGGCAGGGAUAAGGCCGUGCGUCUCAUCAUUUGGAGCCGACCAGUUUGACGAGAAGAGUAGAGACUACAAGGCUCACUUAGAUCGAUUCUUCAAUUUUUUCUACCUCUCUGUUACAAUCGGAGCGAUCGCGGCCUUCACAAUGGUUGUGUACAUUCAGAUGAAGCAUGGAUGGGGUUCGGCAUUUGGCUCUCUGGCCGUAGCAAUGGGUAUCUCAAAUGCCGUUUUCUUUAUAGGCACUCCAUUGUACAGGCAUAGGCUACCAGGUGGAAGCCCUCUCACAAGAGUAGCUCAGGUUCUAGUAGCCGCUUUUAGAAAGAGAAAUGUACCUUUCUCUAGCAGCGACUUCGUUGGACUUUAUGAAGUCCCUGGUAAUAGAUCGGCCAUCAAGGGUAGUGGGAAGAUAGACCACACAGAUGAUUUCAGGUGUUUGGAUAAGGCUGCUCUUCAGCUGAAAGAGGAUGGCACUGAUCCCAGCCCAUGGAGGCUUUGCACAGUAACGCAAGUCGAAGAGGUUAAAAUAUUACUAAAACUUCUCCCAAUACCGGCUUGCACAAUAAUGCUGAGUGUAAUAUUGACUGAGUAUCUGACUCUCUCAGUGCAGCAAGCAUACACUAUGAACACCCACAUGGGCCACCUCAAACUCCCAGUUACAUGCAUGCCUGUCUUCCCUGGUCUCGCAAUCUUUUUUAUUUUAGCCCUAUACUAUUCAACAUUCGCCCCCUUGUCCCGCCGCAUCACGGGCCACCCUCAAGGCGCAUCUCAGCUUCAGAGAGUGGGCCUUGGGCUUGCGGUUUCUAUUUUAUCAGUAGCAUGGGCUGGGGCUUUCGAGAGGUAUAGAAGGAAUUAUGCUAUCAAAAAUGGUUAUGAGGCUCUCUUUCUCACUCAUAUGCCUAAUUUGAGUGCCUAUUGGUUGUUGAUUCAGUAUUGCUUGAUCGGAAUAGCCGAAGUGUUUGCCAUUGUGGGUCUUUUAGAAUUUCUUUAUCAGGAGGCUCCUGAUGCCAUGCGAAGUGUCGGUUCUGCUUAUGCUGCAGUGGCCGGUGGUUUGGGCUGUUUUGUUGCUACUAUAUUAAACAAUAUUAUCAAUUCCAUCACUGGAAAUGAGGACGAAGGGCGCCCAUCAUGGCUUUCCCAAAACAUAAAUACUGGGAGGUUUGAUUACUUGUAUUGGUUGUUGGCCAUACUAAGUACGAUCAACUUUUGUGUUUUCCUAUAUUUCGCAAAGAGAUACAAAUACAGGGUUCAGAAGGUGGUUGAGGUGGAGGUACCAAAUGGAAGCACGACUUUUAGUUCAUUUGAGAACAAGUAGAGUGGUAGAUUUAUCUGCAGUUGAUCCAGCAUUAUACAUUGAUAUUUAUGAGUCGUCAUUUAUUUUAUUUGGUAAAUUGGGACCUAGUUAGCUGGUGUUGGAUCAUUUAUAAUGAUUAGGAAACUAGAAAAAAAAAAAAGGCAAUUUAGUUAAAUGUUGCACUCUAUUUAGUCCCAUAAUUUUCCUUUUUGUGUGUUAAAAAUUAGUUGCAGCUUAGAUGUACCUGGAGCUGCAGAGCUGCUCUAGGAUUGAGAACUUUGUUCCUGAGAUGUUAGUUUUAUGAAUGUUAUAAAUUUAUGUGCGGAAUGUUACUUGUUUUUCAAUUUCA